AUGGCCAUGCAACAAACAGCAGCAACAACCACAACCACAGCUGAAAGCAUCUCCACCCUUGGCAGUAAGCCGUGGGACUUUCUCUAUCCCCCGCACGUCUUGGGUGAGGCCCUGAAGCAGAUUAAGGGGUGUCUGGAAGACAGCAAAGCAGGGGCAGCAACAGGAACAAUCCAGGAGAAGAAACAUCAGCAGAUGCUGUCCCCGCAGGAGCAACAGCAAAGCCAACUACUGCUGCAAGCAUCACCUCCACCUCAACCGACGCCAUGCAGGCGAAAUGAUGAAGGGGAACACAGCAGUGAAGGGGAGCGGCCACUUUCAGAGCUCACUGCGCAACAGCAGCAGACACAGCCGCAGCAGCAGCAGCUUAUGCAGCUACACCAGGUGCAACGUUUCCAGAUGCAACAGCUGCAGCAACUUACACCACCUGUUCCAGAGUUCCAGAGAGCCCCAGCUCACCGAGUGGGUCUUCCAAAAGUUAGUGUCCCUGGCUGGGGGUCCCCUAUGACCUCUGCAGCUCCGCCUGGUGCAACUCCUGCCGCGUCAGCGACAGCAGCAGCAGCAACAGUAGACAGUCCGUGCGCUUUGGCCUUUCUGUCUGGCUUACCGCGAGCCUAUUCACCUGCCUCUCAGGGGUCGACUGCGCCACCGCAGACCCCGCAGGGUGAACUGGGGUUUGAUGCUGUUGUUGCCAGCUCAACCACAGCUCCGGCACCAAAGGAUGGUUCAGGGAAACAAUCGUAUUCAAAUCCCAAUCAGCAGCAGACGCUGCCGUUUGUACAGCCACAGCAUAACGAAGCAUUCCUCUCCUGUUUCGACUUCAGGGGAUGGGGGCAAAACCAAGGAACUCCAGCAACCGCUCCGGCAGCAGCAGUUGCUGCUGCAGCAACCACACCAGAGCACCAAAUCCAGGAGGUGCCAAAUGCAGAGCGGCAGACCCCUUGCAACGCCAGCGGCAGUUGCAACGAAAGUUCCUGUGGUGCAGCAUGCGCACCUGAAGAGACUUCUGCACCACCCAAUUGUUCUUCAGCUGCAGUCAUAGUGGGAAGUGCAGAUCCAGCAGCACCAACACAAGAGUGGCAAUCAUCCUGGGCAGACGAUUCCCUAAGCCAUUCGAUGUGUCUUAGCAACAGCUUGUCCAGCAGUCUGAUCGAGCCAGCUUGCCUGGGCGAUUCCUUUUCAACCUUUGCUUCUGCUGCUGCUACCGGUAGAAGCAGCCAGGGAUCGGUGGGAAAGAGCCGUGACGGGACCUGCAGCCCCUCACAAAUGCUGCAAGUAGCGGCAUCGACAACUGGACUAGGUCCGCUCUGUGUAAAAGGUGCUGAAGCGCCUGCUUCUGAAGGAGAUGACAGGCAUAUUGAUUUGCCGGAAGCUACAGUGGCAAACAAAGCUGCUACACCGAUAACAUCUGUCCCAAGGCUCUGUCUCUGGCCACCUGCCGAGGAGCAACAUGAGCAGCGCCUCCAGCAGCAUUUCAGGGGGCAGCAGCAACUGGAUUGUCUCACUGAGAGACAGCUCACCGCAGCCACAUUACCGCAGGAGCGGCAGGAACUGCAGCAGCGGCAGCAACAGGAUAGAAUUUCAUUUUACAUGGAGCUUGCAUCCAGACAAAAACACUUAAAGCAGCAUUUGAUCCCUGCAAGCCAGCUGCAGUCGCAUCUAUUGGACCCUUCCGGUGAGCGAGACCAAGAACUGCAGCAGCAGCAACUGGAUAAUCUGCUGAUGUUUGGGCAACAUGUGCAACGCGAACAUAGCACUGGCUGCCUCCAGCAAGCAGCCGUUGCCGUUAACCAGCAACCGCCUCAUCAUCAGGGGUGUCUAUGCAAGCGAGAGGAGACUAGUAAACACGUCUCAGCUGCGACGGCGGCGAAGAGGGUCUCAGCACUGCUGCCCCGUGUUCCGCCGUGCUUACCUAUGUUGACACCAGGCUUGGACCGUUCUUGUGACCGCUCUCACCCUACGUCUUUGCUGAUUACGUUACCUCUGAAUCUUCCCUUUGGCCGCAUUCUGAAGUUUGGCUCUGGAGAGCCUGGCGGCGCUGCCAACUCCGCUGCCUUUGCAAACAACAGCAGUAGCCAAAGUCUAGGAGUCAAAAAGAGCUACUACAUCUUCUCGCCUACGCUGCAUCCGGCGGCCCAUACGCUAUUCUCCCACGCUGGAGGGAUAUGCGACACCUUCGCGGCUUCCCUGCAGAUGGAAUUGGCAAUCAUUUACGUGCCGUGUCUUCUUGUCCCGCUGGUUGCUGCGGCGUUCAAUACACUCGGCCAGCAGCUUCUGCCACAAUUGCAUGAGCCCCUCAAACUCCGCUGCUGGGGGCUGCAAGAACGAAACGCACCCGGCAGGUUUGGCGGAAAGGUUCUCACCGUCAGUUGCUCAGUGGAAGGUGACGAAGAGCGCUCAAAGUUUGAGAAACUUCAGACUUUUUUGCGCCAUCUGGAAAACUACGUGGAGGGGCUUUUGAGGAGUUACGGGCAGCAACAACAGCAGCAAGUAGACGGCAAACGAUUGAGGGUGGGAGAGGGCACGGCAUCUGCAAGUGUAACCGCAACAGCCACGCACCAGGGUAGACCAUCGUGCUGCCGAAGACACAAAGGCACUGGACAACAAACGGCUAUCGGGAAGAAGAACAACAUUUGGCGUUAUUCAAUAGUGAGUACCUCACGCAGCUCCGAGCAGACAGAGGUAAGCAACAAUGGUGGCGGAAGCAGCAGCGGAUGUCUGGAUCUGACAAUUCGAGCGUUUGAGACAAGGCCUCUGGAAAGACCAGUAAGGGACUUCUCCGGAUAUGCCGUUAAAGGAAUUUGCACGAGUGAGAUCAGGCUUGUUACGACCAAGGCAAUCCAAGGCAUGACGUGCGAGAUAGACCCUCGCUUCCGUCAUUACAGCAUUGGGACUCGUCCUAUUCUGAAAGCGCCUUCCGGUGCUCUUUGCCGCCAUUGUAUUGCUCCGCAGCUCCUGCCGGAAGUGUGGGAGGCACACUUACGCAGCGGGAUUCCUGCAGCCAGGGACCAGCAAAAGAAGCUCACGGAGACAUGCGUCAUUGCUCACAUCGAAAACAGAUCCCUUGCAAAGAAGGCCGCCUUGCUCGAGUCUCUUGGCCGCCUGGGAGUCCCCCUGUGGGUUAAUGGGAAGCCACUCACACAUCCAGCUGUCAUCCACCCAGCCGUCAUUGCUGCUGAUGGGGAAGCAGCGGGUGCUCCUGCACUACGGGACAUGGAAGGUGCUGAAGGCAAACAGGAAGAGCUAUUGAAAACUCACGUUAAACACCAGCAAGAUCAAGUGUUGCAACAGCUCAAUCUGUUAAGUGUAAACACUGGUGAAGAGCUGCAGGGGCAGGAACAACAGCAAUUCAAGCUUUGUGGAACUGUGACCGAGCACCAGCAGAAGCACCAGCAGAAGCACCAGCAACAACAGACCCCCAAAGCCGCUCGCGGGAGCCGGCAACAACAACGAAGAAGUCAGGUGGCUCGUUUGACACAGCAGCAACAGGCGCAGCAGCACCAGGCCCUGUGCGGUCAGCUGGCUUCAACAUCUGUUUGCGAUGUAGAAACCGACGAGCGUUUGAUGGCAACCGGUGCAGUAUCAACAAAUGCCUCAUCAACAUCUCACACAGAGGGAACAUCCGCAGGCACUGCUCUUCCAACUGAAGGGCGGCGGGCUUCUACUCAACAAAGGCACCACCCAAAGCAAAGGUUGCAGAUGCAGCAGCAGGAACAGUUGCGCCUUGUAUCCAACCCCCCACCAGCGGAGGAGAAAAUUUUCCACCUACAACAACAGCAACAGCAGCAAGAGACAAGCGGCCCUGGGAGUGACUUCCUUCGCCUGGCUGAAGGGGUAUGGAUGGACAUGCGCCCGAUGCAGCAGCAAGCGCAGCCACAUCAGCAUCAGCUGCAGCAUCUACAUCAACUACAACAGCUGGAACAACUGCACGACGUGCAACAGAUGCACCAGCAUGAGUUGCAACAGCAUAAACAACGCCCAGGGUGUCUCGAGCUAGCUCCUCCUGCUUCAGGGGGAGGGCCUUGUGGCAAGUUUCCAGCUGCUAGCAGCUGGCAGCCAACUCAGCAGCAGCAGCUAAACAUCUUUACUGAAAGUACGUCACCUGUUGGCCUUGUAUCUGGUGAACUGCAGCAGCAACAACAGCACAACCAGGAACUGCAGCCACAGCAACAGCAAACGAGGCAGCAAUCGCAGGAUCCUGUGUAUGGCGACGCCGAAUGCCCCUUAGCUACAGUUACCCCUUUGUCCGAGAUUAAUGGGAGGCUUUCGCUACAAGAGCAGCAUCUGCAGCAGCUUUGGACGCCUAGCAGCUUUACCGAAGCACCCGUGCACCAUCAGGGAGAUGAAAACUCGUUCUGGGGGCCUGGAGUUGUCUCGAAUGCCUCCCAGCAGCAGCGGCAGUCGCAUCAACAAAGUGCUAUCCAGCUGCACCAGCAUCUUCAACGUCAGCAGCUCCAGGUUCAACAAGACAGAUAUCAGCAGAGUUCACAGAAGACUGUGGGACAACAACCAGGGGCCAGAUUACGGGUAGCAGGUGCAGCCUGUGUGGGCGUAGGCCUUCAACAGUCGCGCGGUUGGGAACAGCAGCAACAGCGCACGCUCGUGAUGCCUGGCUCUGAGCAGCAAAUGCAGCAGCAGGUCAUAUUGCAGCGGCAGCAGCAACACCAACAACAGCAGAACCAGCCUCCGCUUGUCUUCCCACCUGUGUCACAUGGGGACCUAGUCGCAGAAGAGCAACAGCAGCAACAACAGCAGGGCGUAUUGCAAGUGCAGAGAAUGCAAUGGCUCGCCAUUCCGAAUUAA